AUAAUUUUAAGGUAGAUCAGCGACAUAACGGUCCCGGCGCGACAAAAGCAAUGUCCUCUUCGCUUUCCGCAUUUAGCGACACCCCCAUGGCCACAAUAACCACGGAAGUGAAACUUUUGGCAGCGUUCAAGCGAGACUCCCACCACGACAAGGUUUACCUCGCGUGGAAGGAGUACGUCGGCGAAGGUGGUCACGCUUCAGUGCUUCCUCUUAUCUGGAAAAUCAAGCAGCAGAUUGGCGCCAACCCAACUCUUCAUCCAGAAUACCCAUCUCCGUUGGGCCUUCAAGAAUUCUCCAGGAGAGCUACGGAGCUGGCCUUAGGCAGGGACAGCAGUGCCCUUGUGGAAAACAGGGUUGUCGGUGUGCAGACGGUGGGCACAGCUGGCGCAGUGCGUCUGGGAGCUGAGUUACUGAAGCACUGCUGCUGCACCAGCUCAUCCUGGAAUGGUCCUGUUCUUCUCUCCUCUCCGUGUGAUGAAACAUUACCGGGCACCUUUGAGGCAGCAGGAAUCAGAGACGUCCAGCACUACCGAUACUGGGAUGGUGAACAUCGUGGGGUGUCCAUGGAGAAGAUGCUGGAGGACUUGGAGAAGGCCCCAGAACAAAGUGUGGUGGUCCUGUAUGCAGCGGGACACUAUCCUACUGGAGCUGAUCUUUCACAGGAGGAAUGGAAAGGAGUGAUUGACGUCCUGGUGAGGCGUCGGCUCCUGCCAUUCUUCCUGCUGCCUGCUCAGGGCUUGUGCAGUGGGGACGUGGAGCUGGAUUCAUGGGCUUUGAGAUAUUGUGUGUCUCUGGGGCUGGAGCUGCUGUGUGCUCAGUCUUUCUCCCACGGUUUCGGCCUCUACGGAGAAAGAGUGAGCCACCUGCUCUGCGUUCUAAAGGAGAACUCCAACCUGCUGGCUGUCCAGUCGCAGGCAGAGAAGAUCGUUCAAACGCUUUGGUCCCGACCACCAGUAGGAGGCGCCAGAGUGGUGACCACAGUGCUUAGCAAUCCUGCUCACCUAGUUGAAUGGCAGGAGGGGUUGAAGGGCACAGUGGAGAGAUGCAUGCUGAUGCGAGAACGUCUCAGAGAAAAGCUGCGCCUGCUUGGAAGCCCAGGCAGCUGGGAACACUUGAUAAAGCCAGGAGGACUCUUCUGCUGCAUUGGACUUACUGUUCAACAGGUUGAGUUCCUGCUGAAGCGGAGACACGUUUACGUGUUACCGGGCGGCUGUUUGAAUGUGAGUGCCAUCAACAGCCGCAAUCUCGACUACGUGACCGAAUCCAUUCAUCUGGCACUGACCUCACAACCCUGA